GAGUAGUGACAGUAGUAACAUUACUUACGGUUUAAGGUGCGAAAUGCACGCUCUGUAGUCAUCAGAACAAGAAGAUUUUCCGAAAUGGAGCUUCAUUUUAUGGGGACAGCAUCGGCUUAUCCAACGCCGGUCAGAGGAGCGAGUUGUAUAAUAUUCAGACGUGACUCGGACUGUUGGAUGUUUGACUGUGGUGAAGGCUCCCAGACACAGGUAAUGAAGAGCACCAUCAAGCCUGGCAAGAUUAGCAAGAUCUUCAUCACCCAUUUACACGGAGAUCAUGUAUUUGGACUCCCAGGAUUAUUAUGCACUAUAGGACAAAACAGUACCCAAGACAGACUCUUGGAAAUCUAUGGACCGCAGGGGUUACAGAAGUUUCUGCGGGUGAAUCUCGAGCUCUCCCGUAGCAUGCUUGGAUUUGAUUAUGUGGUCCACGAGCUCAUUCCUAUCAGAGAACAGUGUAAUUGUGUAAAAGACUGGGAGACCUGGUCAGUGGACCAUGAAGCCCCCAGGGGACCACUUCACCCUUACGAAAAACCAGGCAUGUCGAUAUCAGCUGAUAAACAGGGAGUCUGGCACCUGUUGGAGGAGAGUGGAGUCAGUGUAAAGGCCUCGUGGCUUACACACAGAAUUCCAAGCUUUGGAUUUGUGAUUCAGCAAGCCAGCCAGCCAGGCAGGUUGAAUGUAGAUGUGUUGAAAUCCAAGGGCAUCCUCCCAGGCCCGCUGUAUGCAAAGAUUAAGAAAGGAGAAACUAUCACUGCCCCCAGUGGGGAAUUGGUAAAACCAGAAGAUGUCCUAGGACCAGAUAAGCCCGGUAAAAAAGUUGUCAUCUUAGGAGACACUUCAAACUCUGACAGCAUAGCUAGCAUAGCUCAAGGUGCAGAUGUGUUAGUGCAUGAAACUACUCUGGAAAAUGACAUGGUGGAAAACGCUAUAGAGAAAGGUCAUUCCACCCCAGCAAUGGCAGCAGCAUUUGCUAAUAUGAUAGGAGCCAGACACCUGAUAAUAACUCACUUCAGUCAGAGGUACAGGCCAGUUAAUGCAGAGAUCACUGAUGACUGUGAGGAUCCCAGUGUCUUGACUCUACUCAAAGAAGCACAAGAAGGUUUUGGGUUGGAGAAAGUUACAGCAGCCUUUGACUUGAUGAGUUUUUCCAUUCGGUAACAAAAACUGCAUGCCUUAUGAAGAUAUGACAAAGAGUUUAAUGUUGUUGAUAAAAUCCAGUUAUGAAUACUACAACACGCACACAAAAGCAGGACUGUAAUGGAUGUGAGUCCAUCCAACAGAAGUGACCCACUAAUGCCUCUCAGUCUCUAAGGCUGCUGGAGGAGGAUUCAAACCCACGCAACAGGGGUGGAAGGAAGUCAUCUUCUGGGUCUUCCAGAAAACAGUCAGAAUUUUUAGGUUUACAUUGACAGGCAUCUAUUUUUUUCUGUCAGAAGAUGGUCAGAAAUGAAGGAUGGAUCAACAAAGAUGACUUGGAAGACUAUCAGAAAAUAUCUCUGUUACUGCCCCUGAGAGCAGUUCAUGAUCAAGGCUGCAAAAUUUAUAUUGCUAUGACUUAAUGGAAUUCCCACUUUAGACCACUGUCCCAAAGUCUAUAUAAGGCUGUCCAGAAAAUUGUAUCCUGCAAGUUUAGACACAUCUUCACUGAAGCAUCCACAGCCAUAUAACAACUUUUGGAGUCUAAGAGUGUGGACUGCAUCAAAGCAAAAAUGGCUGACAAGGAGAAAGCUUCAGGCCCAAGCCCAGCCCCAGAAAGUCUAUCCCCAUGGAGGGGGAGAGGAGCUUGCAGAUUUUUAAAAUGAUAGCUGCAUGCAAGAUUUUGACUGUGUUGUUGAAGCUCUGAAGCAAGCAGAGGAUAAGAGUCUGAGAGAAAACCAUGUCUUUGGGAUCACUGAAACAUAGUACAUUAUAGUCAAAUGCUCGCUAUAUUUUAAUUUGAUAUUAGAAAAUGUAUAGUAUUUAAGAAUUGAUUGAUCUGCUUUGAUUUAUCCAAAUUUGUCAAGAUGCUUUUCUCUAAGAUAUUAUAUCCAGGCACCCAUUUCACAAAAAUAAAUCAGCUUUUUUUGAUAAAAUGUUAGUGAUACUAAAAUAACUAAGACUAUGUUGUGUUUCACAAAAAGUCGAAAAGGCUGCUUACCUUCUUUUUAUGUCUAAGAUUUUAGCACCUGGCCAGAUAUCUUUGCUUCCUAAGGAGCUGCCAAAAGUGUCUUACUGGGCCAAAUAGCCCCGGUUUCCCUGUUAACAUUCAGGCGUGAAAUCACGUCACCGAGCUUAAAAAUCUUACUUAUUAAAUUAAUAGUUUCAAGUAUGGACAGUGUUUCUGUAUGAUACUUAAGCUGCCAGCCUCCAUCCCCCACUAUUUAACUUCAUGUCAUAUUUAAUUUGAGUUACACAAUCCUCAUGUGGGACACUGUCUUGAACUCUUGAACAGAGAAAACAAUGAUAGCGUUAGUUUUUUGUACAUAUCACCUCUGACAAAUAUAUCAAUAAUU